AGACUCGCUCCCUCCCUCCCUCCCACAGUGCCCGCUCCGGAUGCGGCGCUCCCCACCCCCCAAUACAAUUCCGGGUUACUGGCGGCGAGAUUAAAACUCGCUGCUGCUGCUGUUACUGUGGUGGUGCUGUUACUGUGCUGGUGGUCAGCGAGCGGGCAGACCCAGACAUCGUCACGCGUUGCAGCAGUCCAGCAAACUCGCGAGUUGCCUCACGGGCUCCGAGCAAGCGACGAGGAGAAUGACUCGCAGCGAGACGGGAAGAGGCGGCAAGGAGGAGCAGGAGGAGGAUGGCGAGCUGGAGGCGCUGAGCUGCGUCCUCUACGCCUUCUCGGACGUCGAGGAGGUCCGCCGACUGCUUGCCGCGCUCCCGGGGGCCGCCUCGCAGCCCGGCGACAACGAGAAGAUCACCGAGCGGUUCUUCUUGAUAAUGAGCAAAUACCAGGAGCAGCCACACUUACUGGAUCCACAUUUGGAGUGGAUGCUGGACUUGAUGUUGCCUAUGGUGAGGUCCGAAGACUCGCCUGACCUCAUGCACAUCACCUGCAAGUUCCUGUACAUAAUCUCCAAGGUGCGCACCUACAAACCCUUCAUCCGUUUAUUCCCGCACGAAGUGGCGGACUUUGAGCCAGUGCUGGCUCUGCUCGAGGCUCAAGACCCCGUGGAUCGAGAGACGUGGCAGACGCGAUACAUCUUGCUGCUGUGGCUCUCCAUGCUGUCGCUCAUUCCCUUCGACCUGACGCGCUUCGACGGAGCGCUGCCCGGGGGCGCGAGUGGAACCGAGCGCAAACCCGUGAUGGAGCGCGUCCUCGACGUCGCCAAGACGUACCUCGUGGUGACAGAUUUACCCCGAAAUGCCGCCGCAACCCUCGUGGCAAAGUUUGUGACCCGACCGGACGUGAAGCAGAAACACCUCCCGCACUUCAUGGAUUGGAGCUUAUCGGCACUGAGCAGCAUGGAGAUGGGGACCCUGGAGCAAGAGGCGAGGGCUGAUGGCAUGCUCCGCUCCCUGGCCCAGAUGUUCAAGCAUGGAAAGAGAGACGAUUUUCUACCGCACGCGUCGGUGGUGCUGCAGUGCGUGGUGAAGUGCAGACUGCUGGAGGCGAGCAACACGAACCUGCGCAAGCUCUCCAUCAAGCUGGUGCAGCGCAUAGGCCUCACCUUCCUCAAGCCCAAGCUGGCCGCGUGGCGGUACCAGCGCGGCAGCCGCUCGCUGUUGGACAACCUGCAGGCGCCAGGGCAGCAGCAGCAGCAGCAGCAAAGCCCCCUCAUCGUCUCAUCGCAGGCCUCCGCGGCACCCCGAGCCAAUGACGACGACGACGAUGAGGAUGACGACAUUCCGGAAGAGAUGGAGGGGAUCAUCGAGCAUCUGCUGUUUGGCUUGAAAGACAAGGACACUGUUGUCAGGUGGUCGGCUGCCAAAGGGAUUGGACGCGUGACGGGGAGGCUACAGAAGGACCUGGCUGAUGACGUCGUGGCGUCCAUACUGGAGUGUCUCAGCGUUGGCGAGACGAACAAGGCGUGGCACGGCGGGUGUCUGGCGCUGGCCGAGCUGGGCCGCCGAGGCCUCCUGCUGCCCUCGCGCCUCCCCGACGUGGUGCCGUCGAUCGUGCGCGCGCUCACGUUCGACGAGAGGCGCGGGGCCUGCAGCAAGGGCUCGCACGUGCGCGAUUCUGCCUGCUACGUGUGCUGGGCCUUCGCCCGGGCCUACGACCCCCGCGAGCUGGCGCCGUUCGUCGAACGCAUCGCCAGCGCGCUCGUGAUCACCGCCGUCUACGACCGCGAGGUGAACUGCAGGCGCGCCGCCUCCGCCGCCUUCCAGGAGAAUGUGGGGCGACAGGGCACCUUCCCGCACGGAAUUGACAUUGUCACGGCAGCCGACUACUUUACUCUCGGGAAUCGGGGAAACAGCUUCCUGAAAAUCAGCGAGUACAUCGCCGGCUUCCCAGAAUACACCUGUCCGCUCAUCGACCACCUGGUAGAGCUCAAGAUCAACCACUGGGACAGCGCGGUGUGCGAGCUGGCGGCGAGGACCCUGCACAACCUCACCGCCAAGGCCCCCGACUACAUGGUCAACACCGUGCUGCCCAAGCUCUUGCCUCUGGCCACGGGAAGAGACCUCAACACGCGCUACGGAAGCAUCCUGGCGUGUGCCGAGGUCACGCACGCUCUGUCGGAGCUGGCCUCCCGCGACGGCAGGCGUGCGGAGGAGCUGCUCGGUGACGAGAUGGUGACCGGGCUCAAACUCAUCCACGCGAAGCUGAAUGAUGCAAAGUAUUACAGGGGCCUCGGUGGGGAGCUCAUGAGACCCGCAGUGUGCCGCCUCGUGGAAAAACUCUCGCUGGCCAAGAUGCCGUUCAAGAACGACGAGGUUAUCGACGGCUGGCAGUGGCUAAUCGACGACUGCCUCAAGAAUCUGCAAAGGUUCAACAAUCCAGACGGCAUUAAGGCUGCGGCAAUAUCGGCGCUGGCCGCUUUGUGCGAGUUUUACUACCAGGCCCAGGCCGGGGAGGCCGACCGCGCCGUCCAGGCUGCCCUGUUGGAACGCUACUUGGCCGGGCUGCAGAGCAGUGACAAGAUGACUCGAUGUGGCUUCAGCUGUGCCCUGGGGGCCCUGCCGGCGUUCAUGCUCGCCGGGCACAUCAGCCAGGUGCUCGCUGGCCUACAGCAGGCCACGGUCAUCGGCCCGCACGAGGAGAAGUUUGCCGAGGCCCGGAGAGACGCCGUCGGGGCCAUCGCCAGCGUGUGCCUGACGGUGGGCGUGGGCCGCCUCGACGGCGACUCUGAGCACACGCUCGGCGCGGCCACCCUGGGCCGCGUGUUCGAGGCCAUCCUGGGCGCCAUGGAGGACUACACGAUGGACGCGCGCGGCGACAUCGGAGCUGUCGUGCGCGAGGUGGCCAUGGUCAGCCUCAAGGAGGUGAUUCUCCUCGUGGUCGACAAGUGCCCAGAGAUGCUGUCGCCGAGCGUGUGCGAGGAGGCGAUGUGCCGUCUGCUGCAGCAGGCGGUGGAGAAGAUCGACCGCACGCGCGAGCAAGCCGUGUCGGUGCUGAUGGCGCUGCUGCACCGUGACGAGCGGCCCGUGCCGCACAUCCCGCACCGGCAGCAGCUGGGACGCGCCUUCCCCAGGGCGGACCUCAGCGCGGUGAACUGGAGGAUGGCGUCGGAGCUGUUCUCGCGCGUGGUGCAGAUCCUGUCGCUGCCCAUCUACCAGCCCCGCCUGCUGCUGGGCCUCACCAUAUCCGUGGGCGGCCUCACCGAGUCCACCACGCGCAGCUCUGCUCAGGCGCUCUUCGCAUUCAUGAAGAGCAUCCGCCAGGACACGGAGGCGAUGAACGCGCUUUGCAGGACCCUCCUGCAAAUAUUCCGGUCCAACCUGAGGAACAGCAGGGUCUCCGUGCCGCUCAUGGCGAUGCUGGACAAGAUGCUGGCCAACGGCUGCUUUGAAGCGAUCGCAGAGGACCCGAGCCACACGUUCCCCAUGGAGGUGGUGGCGCUUGUGCAGCAGGAGAUGCGUGGAUCCAAGGACACGUUCAAGCUGCAGACCGGCCUGCCAGUAUUCUGCGGACUCAUCCAGUUCCCGGGUGCGGCGAGGAAGAACGCCCUGCUCAACCUCAUGAUGUUGCUGUGCCACAGCUACCCGAUAAUCCGCAAGGCGACGGCGAGCCAGCUGUACGAGACGAUGCUCGUGUACGACGACAUCGUGGAGCCGGACGCCGCGGAGGAGAUCAUGAGCCUGCUGAGCGACACCAACUGGGACGCGACUCUGCCGGUGGUGACCGAGACGAGGAACCAGCUGUGUGACCUCCUCGGGGUCACGCGUCCCGUCCUCAAAGCCAAGGUGCUCGCGAAGCCGAGUGUAAAGUAGAGGGGGAGAGCGGCUGGUGGGUCUGCAGACGCCACGGGUGGUCUGGUCGUUUUAUCACCUCUCCCCUGUGGCUCUUCACCAUCACAACAUCUCACGGUGGCGAGAUGUUAACUACUUUGCCUGGUAUACAGGAGGCUGUGGGUUCCAUCCCGACCCUGACGAUGUCUGCAUAUUUGGAGUUUUCAUGUUCUCC